CUAAGGAUCCACCUGAAAGAGGACCCAGGCCCUCAGGGCACCUGAGCAGCGAUCUGUGGGUCUGCUCACCGGGACAAGCAGAAUCUGGCACGGAUCUAGACCACUCAGCUUCUCCCACUCACACCCUGGACGUCGCCUGAGGACCUGAGCCAUUGAUGGGCUCGGAGGAGGUCGCGUUGGAGCGCCCUGCACUGUGGGUCUCUGUGUUGGCUGGUCUCCUGCUGGGAACCUGCCAGGCAUACCCCAUCCCUGACUCUAGUCCCCUCCUGCAAUUUGGAGGCCAAGUCCGGCAGCGGUACCUCUACACAGAUGACGCUCAGCAGACAGAAGCCCACCUGGAGAUCAGGGAAGAUGGCACGGUGGCGGGGGCUGCCCACCAGAGCCCCGAAAGUCUCUUGCAGCUGAAAGCCUUAAAGCCAGGGGUUAUUCAAAUCUUGGGAGUCAAGACCUCCAGGUUCCUGUGCCAGAGGCCGGACGGGGCCCUGUACGGAUCGCUCUACUUUGACCCCGAGGCCUGCAGCUUCCGGGAGCUGCUUCUUGAGGACGGAUACAAUGUGUACCAGUCCGUGGCCCACAGCCUCCCGCUGCACCUGCCGGGGGGCAGGUCCCCACCCUGGGACCCUGCACCUCGAGGACCAGCUCGCUUCCUGCCGCUACCAGGCCUGCCCCCCGAACCCCCCGAGGCGCCAGGAAUCCUGGCCCCCGAGCCCCCCGAUGUGGGCUCCUCAGACCCUCUGAGCAUGGUGGGGCCUUCCCAAGGCCAAAGCCCCAGCUACACUUCCUGA